CUGGGUCAUCAGGCAUUGGAUUGUCUGGCUCGACAGCGGGCAUCGGGUCACCAGGCAUGACCGCGGGCACUGGGUCAGACAUUAAAUCGUCUGGCUCGACAGCGGGCAUCGGGUCACCAGGCACGACAGCGGGCACCGGGUCAUCUGGCGCUGGAUCGUCUGGCUCGACAGCGGGCAUCGGGUCACCAGGCAUGACAGCAGGCACUGGGUCAUCAGGCAUUGGAUCGUCUGGCUCGACAGCGGGCAUCGGGUCACCAGGCAUUGGAUCGUCUGGCUCGACAGCGGGCAUCAGGUCACCAGGCAUGACAAUGGGCACCGGGUCAUCAGGUACCGGAACGUCUGGCUCGACAGCGGGCACUGGGUCAUCAGGCGUGAUAGGAUCAUCAGGCUGGAUCAGUUCAUCAGGCUGGGCUGGGUACAGACAUCAGGCUGAAGUGCGGGUGCCGAGGCACCAGGCUGAACCACGGAAGGCAGGUUCUCAGACGGUAGGCUCACCGGUUUGGAUACUGGCA